GUCGCGUGUGUAUACUAACACAACACAACAAUCAUCAGUUCGAUAUAAUCUAACGAGGUCUGCAGUUCUACAUCUGUAUAGCUUCAUUCUCUCUCUAAAAUGGCGUUUUCUGCAACUACUGCUACUACCAAUUGUCCUCCUUCUUCACUCAACCGGUUCUGUAGAAAUUCUUUAUCUAUACCGAAAACCCCUUCAACAGUAUCUUUUAAAUCUUCACCCCCUACGAAUAUUAGACUUAGAAGCAAAUCCAUCACGAUUCGAUCAAGCUCUGUUGCAGCCGCCCCAACCUCUGAAGGGUUAGCACCUGCAAUCUCUCUUACUGAGACUGCAUUGAAGCAUUUGAAUAAGAUGAGGUCCGAGAAGAGUGAAGACCUAUGCUUAAGAAUCGGAGUUAAACAAGGUGGUUGUUCUGGCAUGUCAUAUAUAAUGGACUUUGAGAGCAGAGAAAAUGCCAGACCUGAUGACUCCCUCAUCGAAUAUGAAGGCUUCACCAUAGUUUGUGAUCCCAAGAGCCUCCUCUUUCUUUACGGGAUGCAGUUGGAUUUCAGUGACGCACUUAUUGGUGGAGGCUUCACAUUCAAGAAUCCCAAUGCUACACAAACCUGUGGCUGUGGUAAAUCCUUCAAUGCAUAAGUGUCAAACAAUUUGUGAUGAACUCAACUCAAUACCAUAUUAAUGUAGGACAUUACACUGUAUUCUGUAAAUUUAAUGAAGGUGUGAAAUAUGGUUUCUACUUUUUAACUAAGCAUCACUCUCUGUAAACCAGCCUAAAUUUACCUAAUGGCAUUUAUAUGUACGAUUGGAUGUACUAAAUAUACAAAUACACUGAGGUCGUAUUUGGUGAA